UAAGAUCUUCGAUCCCGCCUCUUGAUUUGAAUGUGAUAUUUGUUUUGGCGGUUGCUUGUGUUGUGAUAACUUUAUCAUCGAUUAUAGUAAUAGGACUAUCGAGGAUAUCUAGUGGUAUCUACAAUGGAAGAGCAAAUUGAAAACAUAUAUCCAGCUUCACAUGCGAGAGUGUCUAAAGGAGCCUCGGUCCUCCAUUCAGUUGUGUCUGGUGUCAUGAAACUUGAGCCAAAACCUACUGCAGUGAAGAGGAUGCAGGAAUAUAAUGUAAAGCGGAUUGUCCUCAAAGAUCUUAACAAGAAUACACAAAAAAUGCAGGGUGGAUGUGGCAACAACAAUUCAGUGGCAUCAACUCCUGUGACCUGUUUAGAUCAACAACUGCCUGUAUCAACUGAAACUUCAGAGCGUGAAUUACCAGUUCAAUUCACCAGAGAAUUUGUGGAAGAACUUAUUGAAAACGUCCAGUGUGUUGGUGACAAAACAGCAAGUGAUGUACCUCAUCACACUACAGAAGCAGCAUCUCAUUUAAAAUUCGAGACUCAAGAAUCUUUACCUGGUUCGCUGCCAGACCUCCUGUUACCUGAAGCAGCAUUCAAGAAACACUCAGACACAGAUACUGAUACUACUGAAUACGAAAGUGCAGCUGAAACUGACCCACCAGAUGGGCUUUCUCACAGUAGUAGUAUCGUAGCUGAGGAUUCAAAUGUCUUUGAAGAAUCUGCUUAUGGAAGUGCGCCCGCACCUGAAACCCAGAAAGAGGAAACUACAUUGCCCUGUGGCGAUAUAAGUAUUUUGUGUGCUGAUCUCGACAAAUUGAAUUUGAAUUCUCCUGUUGGACGAGACAUUACAGUACUUUCUGUUAAGAAACUUGAAUGUGAUACUGAUGGUGAACAUUCUCCAGCACAUGAAGUACUUAAUAGUGGUGUAGUUGAGGACCCUUCUAGUUCCAUUAAUGCAGAUGAAGAGAUACUUUUAAAGGCAUCACAGAAAGCAACAACUGUCAUUCCAGGAUUACCUGAAGCAAGUGAGAAAGAUCACAUUCCAAGUGAAAAAAAUAAUUCGUGCCCCACAAGUGCUGACUCAUCCUUAACAUGUAAUGGCUGUAUAGUUCAACCACACAUUUCGAUUGAGAGUAACCGAGAACAAUAUUUAUUGGAGACUGAUGCUCAGAGUGCAUGUAUUAAUGAAAUUAUUGUAGGUGUAGAAGACACUGGUACUGAAAUUCCUUCAGGUAUUGAAGAUAACCAUCAAAAUCCUUAUAGUCUUCCAACAGUUGCGGAUAAUGAUCUAGCUGGUGCUAACACAAAACUAGAUAUUGGUAGAUGUGAGGAAAUAGCUACUUUGGAAACUCCUUUAAACAUUACCUGCCUAUCUUCUAAAGCAACAUCUAUAUCACGUGUUCAGGAAUGUUCCAAAAGUUCAGACUCAGUCCCUCAGUACGCAAAUUUUGAUGCUGUGAUUUGUUCUAAGGAAUUACCCAAAUCAGGUGUAGGUGCUGAACUAGAAUCUGUAAUUUCUGAGGUCACAGGAGCAGAAGAGUGUGUUUCCGAUGAGAGAAAUACUACAUUUCAGUUAGCAAGUUGUGAUGACACAUCCCGAGACUUGAACAAAACCAGUGAAACUCUUGUAUUUGUUGAUGGAUCUCAGGACAUCCCAACUGCAGAUGUUGAUCUGAGAAGCAGUGUACCUGAUAAUUCAGAGGAACUUUCCAUUCCUUUGCUGCAAGGUUGUGUUAACUCUCAGCAGGCAGAUGAUAAAGACUAUAAAUUGUAUGAAAAUAUCAUAGAAAUUAGUCGUUUGCAAGAAAAAGACCUAGAAAAGGAAUGUUGUGAUGGAGGCACUAUAAAGAAAGAAAACUAUAGCAGUGAAGGAAGUGAUUUCAGUCAUUUAUGCUCCAAUCAGGAAGAGCUAAAGGACUUCACUAAUGAGACAUUGGUUACUGAUAUUCCAGAAUUUGGCAAUAUUUCAUCAGAAGCUGAAAAAGUAGCUGAAGAAUUAUUUAAUGUAUCACAGGAAAUUGAAGAGGAAGUAAGUAACAGUGUAGUUGUGGAUCUGAAGUGUGACAUGGAAGAUCACACUUAUCUCAGUAUGGAUGACAGAAUUGAUCCUUUCGCUCCAAAAUCUGCUCUCCGUCAUUCACCUCCACCUGUGUCGAGAACAAAUUCCCCUAACAGCUCCGGCAGUCGAGGUAGCAGCCCUGCUAAAAGAUACAGCAUUGAAAAAAGUUCACCAAAAACAAGAUCCAAGUCUGGGACAAGCACUCCAGGGAAGGAAAGCAGUUUAAGUGAUUCUGAGUCCCCUAAAUCGAGAUCUAAAGCUUCAAAUUCACCAUGCCUGUUAACAAAGGGGAAUGAAGCUACCACAGAAACCACACAUGCAAAACCCAGUAUUGAAGAGGCAGAAGAUUUCGGAAGCGGAGCAGCGCAUGGUGCUGACAUGAAUAGUACUACUGUGAUAUCUGUGGGAACUGAAGACAUUGCUUACAGUCGAACAGAUGUGUCUAGAGAACAUGCCUCAGUGAAUAUUUCAUCAGGAUCUGCUGAGCAAAUGCUGGAUCCAAGGAGAGAGUCACUGUAUGUAAAAUUUGAUCCACUUUAUAGCACACCUAGUAAGUGUGAUCUCCCACUACCUCAAGUGGAUAGGAUCAGCUUGGAGAGGCAAGAAGACGUUGCUAUUCAACCAGAGAGGGAGAAGGAGGAGGACGUGGAUGUAGAAUGCCCAGGUUCUAAUCAGGCUCUGGCUUACAUUGAUAAACUUAUUUCACUUAGUCCCACUGUAUUGAAGCCUGAAAAAUCUGCAGAAAAAAUAAAGGACAGAACUUUAUCCCACAUCAGUCAGUCAGAAAUUUCUGUUCCUGAAAAGGAGUGUGUGAAAAAAGUUAGCAAUCCAGAGGAUAAAAUCUCGUGGAGUAACAACCGUAGCCCAGAAGUUUCACAAGAGGCAGAGAUGUUAAACGAACUUCAAGAAUUACGCAACAUGGUUCUCAAGCAGGAGCAAUCAUAUACUGAAAAAGUUAAAAUCUUGGAGAAAAAGAUUGAAUCCUUAGAAAUAAAACUGAAAGAAAAGGAUGAAAAAGAAAGCAAACUAAACAAGAAAAUUGCUGAAAUGACUGAAGGACAGGAACAAAUAAGUAUUAUUAUGGAAGAAUACGAGAGGACAAUUGCUGGACUCGUUUAUGAGAAAGAGCAAGAAAAACAACGCUUUGAACAUGAGAAAGAGAACCUUAUAAAGGAGAAAGAUACUGUGUCUGGCCAUCUUGAAAAUAUUGAAAUUGCCUUUUCAGAUGUUCACAGAAAGUAUGAAAGAAGUAAAGAUAUUAUCCAGGGAAUAAAGAAUAAUGAGGAGACAUUGAGAGCGAGUUUAGCAGAAUAUGAAGCUACAAUCAAGCAACAGGAGCAGAAAUAUGACUUUCUGAAAUCAUAUGCCACAAGCCAGCUGGAAAGUGCUAAUCAGGAACUCGAGUCAUUACGCCGCAGUCAUCAGGCAGAAAGUGCGAAGUUGCAUGCCAUGUUAAAGAAAGCUGAAAUCAAAGCAAGUUCACUCGAAGAAAUGCUGGAGCAAAAGAUUAAGGAAAACCAAGAACUUACAGCGAUAUGUGAUGAACUGAUAGGCAAAGUGGGAUCUAGUGAAUGAGAGUACCCUGUGGCAGUUUCCUUUCUUCUUUUUUAUAUUUUUAGGUAGACUUUAUCCGGCCAUGUCUUUCAGUGAAGUUAAAACUUGUUGUUGCUUGUAAUUUUGCCCUGCUAGCUGGGAUUUCAGUAAAUAUCAGCACAUUGCUAGAACAACUUGUAAUUGUAGAGUUAUUAUUUGUAUUUGUAAAUAAAUGUUUAAUGCUUCAUAAAACUAUUUAUUGGUAAGUGCAAUUGUUUGUAAUGAAUUAUAUAACCCACUAGUAAUGAUAUACUGCUUCAUUGCAGUUUUCUGUGACUUGUGGAGGUUUGACUAAACAGAUGUUAUGUCAUCUUAAUAUGUGAUUAACACUUUUGUACUUGUAGUAAAACUACAUGUGUGUGUGUGUGUGUGUGUGUGUGUGUGUGUG